AUGGCUUCGUUCCCCGAGUCGGACUUCCAGGUGUGCCCGCUGUGCAAGGAGAUGUGCGGCUCGCCGGCGCCGCUCUCCUCCAACUCCUCCACGUCGUCGUCCUCCUCGCAGACGUCCGGCUCGUCCGGGGGCGGCGGCGGGGGCCCGCCGUGCGGGGCCCCGGCGCGGCGCCUGCACGUCCUGCCCUGCCUGCACGCCUUCUGCCGCCAGUGCCUGGAGGCGCAGCGGCACCCGGGCGACGCGCUCAAGCUGCGCUGCCCCGUCUGCGACCAGAAGGUGGUGAUCUCGGAGCCCUCGGGCAUGGACGCGCUGCCCACCUCCAACUUCCUCCUCAGCAACCUGCUCGACGUCGUCGUCGUGGCGGCCGCCGCCGACGAGCAGAAGAACGGCCGCGCCGCGGGCUCCGGGCCCGCCGCCGGCUCCGGCGCCGGGGGAGGCGGCGGCGGCGGCGGGGCGGCGGCGCUGCUGCUGCGGCGGCCGCACAGCCGGCAGGGCGAGCCGCGCUGCAGCUCGUGCGACGAGGGCAACGCGGCCAGCUCGCGCUGCCUCGACUGCCAGGAGCACCUGUGCGACAACUGCGUGCGGGCGCACCAGCGCGUGCGCCUCACCAAGGACCACUUCAUCGAGCGCUUCGCCGCGGGCGCCGCCGCGCCGCUCGCGCUCAGCCCGCCCUACCCCGCCGCGCCCUACAACAUCCUCUCCGUCUUCCCCGACCGCGCCAGCUACUGCCAGCACCACGACGACGAGGUGUUGCAUUUCUACUGUGAUACCUGUUCUGUCCCCAUAUGUCGGGAAUGUACCAUGGGACGACAUGUGGGUCACAGCUUUAUCUACCUCCAAGAUGCCCUCCAGGAUUCCAGGACUCUCACCAUCCAGCUCCUGGCAGAUGCUCAGCAAGGACGGCAGGCUAUUCAACUGAGCAUCGAACAGGCCCAGGCGGUGGCAGAGCAGGUUGAGAUGAAAGCGAAGGUGGUACAGUCCGAAGUGAAAGCAGUGACCACGAGGCACAAGAAGGCCCUGGAGGAGCGGGAGUGCGAGCUGCUCUGGAAGGUGGAAAAGAUUCGCCAAGUGAAGGCGAAGUCGCUCUACUUGCAAGUCGAGAAGUUGCGCCAGAACCUGAACAAGCUGGACAACACCAUCAGCGCUGUGCAGCAGGUGCUGGAGGAGGGCCGCACCAUGGACAUUCUUCUGGCUCGGGACCGCAUGCUGGCUCAGGUGCAGGAGCUGAAGAACGUGAGAGGCCUCCUGCAGCCCCAGGAGGACGACAGGAUCAUGUUUACACCGCCUGACCAGGCCCUGUACAUGGCCAUUAAAUCCAUGGGCUUUGUCAGCAGCGGGGCCUUCGCCCCUCUCACCAAAGCCACCGGGGAGGGCCUCAAGCGUGCGCUGCAGGGCAAGGUGGCCUCCUUCACGGUGAUGGGCUACGACCACGACGGCGAGCCUCGGCUCUCCGGCGGCGACAUGAUCUCUGCCGUGGUGAUGGGCCCGGACGGGAACCUCUUCGGGGCAGACGUCAGCGAUCAGCAGAACGGGACCUACCUGGUCAGCUACCGGCCGCAGCUGGAGGGGGAACACCUGGUGUCCGUGAUGAUGUGCAACCAGCACAUCGAGAACAGCCCCUUCAAGGUCACGGUGAAAUCCGGCCGCAGCUACAUCGGCAUCGGGCUCCCCGGGCUCUCGUUCGGCAGCGAGGGAGACAGCGACGGGAAGCUCUGCCGCCCCUGGGGCGUCAGCGUCGACAAGGAGGGCUACAUCAUCGUGGCGGACCGCAGCAACAACCGCAUCCAGGUGUUCGAGCCCUGCGGCACCUUCCACCACAAGUUCGGCACGCUGGGCUCCCGGCCCGGCCAGUUCGAUCGUCCCGCUGGCGUGGCCUGCGACGCCUCGCGUAGGAUCGUCGUGGCCGACAAGGACAAUCACCGUAUCCAGAUCUUCACGUUCGAGGGCCAGUUCAUUCUGAAAUUCGGGGAGAAAGGAACCAAGAACGGGCAAUUCAACUACCCGUGGGAUGUGGCCGUCAACCCGGAGGGCAAAAUCCUGGUCUCCGACACAAGGAAUCACCGCGUUCAGCUCUUCGGGCCCGACGGCGUGUUCCUCAACAAGUACGGCUUCGAAGGGGCGCUCUGGAAGCACUUUGAUUCCCCCAGAGGUGUGACCUUCAACCACGAGGGCCACCUGGUCGUGACAGACUUCAACAACCACCGCCUCCUGGUCAUCCACCCGGACUGCCAGUCCGCGCGCUUCCUGGGCUCCGAGGGCACCGGCAACGGGCAGUUCCUGCGCCCGCAGGGGGUGGCCGUGGACCAGGAGGGCCGCAUCAUCGUGGCCGAUUCCAGGAACCACCGGGUGCAGAUAUUCGAGUCCAACGGCAGCUUCCUGUGCAAGUUUGGCGCGCAGGGGAGCGGCUUUGGCCAGAUGGACCGGCCCUCAGGUAUCGCCGUCACCCCCGACGGCAUGAUCGUCGUCGUCGACUUCGGAAACAAUCGGAUCCUCGUCUUCUAAUCGGUGUCUCAAUUGGGAAGAAACUGUCUCAGGGAAAUUCUUCUAAGAGAAAAUGAAAGAAAAAUACAACGUUAAUUCAAACCUACCUCAUCU